AUGCAUUUCUACUCUGCUUUGGCUGCUGCUCUUAUGACCGCCAAAUUGUCGUUGGCCGAUUCUCCUGGCCAAAUGACCAACUUCGAUCUCGGACCAGAAUACACAUCAGUUGAUGCCAACGGCAGCCUGGCGCCAUCAUCCGGAUUCCUCGCACUUCCUACUCCAAACCCUCAUGACACAGAGGUCAAGUUGAAUUUGAUUGCCUGGGCCCACAGCACGAUUGGUCUGCAUCGUGGUUGUGUUCCGUCUUCAGCAAUGGAACUCUGGGGACUCGAUACUUUCGGUCCAUUGUUGGCUGAAGGAUACGCCAUUGUCGCUACCGAUUAUGUUGGCCUUGGAACUAACUACACUUCUCACAAGUACCUCAGCCUAGUCGAUCAUGCGAACGAUAUUUAUUACUCGGUGAGGGCCGUACGCAAAGUCUUCCCGGAUCUAUUCAACGUCAAGUGGAUGAGUAUUGGUCACUCACAGGGCGGCGGCGCAGUAUGGAAGCUAUCUGAGCAUCCACUAGUCCAAUAUUCUCGCUCUGGGUAUGUGGGCACAGUAGCAAUCGCUCCCGCAGUGAAUGCACUUGAUCUUGCAACCACAGCUUACGACAUUAUACUUCCUGGGAUCUCUUCCGACGAACUCUUUGCCAAAGCUGAGACUCCUUUACUUCUCAUGGGGAUCAAGGCGGCUUCUCCAGACUAUCAGAUGCCUUGGGCUGCUCAAGCACUGAAAGAAAGAAUACAAUACGCCAGUGCUGCUCAAUCAUGUCUCUUUGCAACCGCAGGUCUUACUUUCGAUCUCAGGGAUGAGCAAUUCAUCGCCCCUGGUGCUGCAACUCCCAUGAACGAUGAUGUACUGAAAGCAUGGACUCGACAGCACGCAGCCGCGCAAGGCGCUCUGGCAUCAAUGCCGUUGCUAGUCAUCCAAGGUCUCAACGAUUCAGCCAUACCUCCUGAGUGCACUCGACGUGCGUACGAAAAAGCAAGUCAUGCCAACCGAGUGCGUCUUGAGGAGUACCCUCGUCGUGACCAUUUCAAUGUGCUCGAGGCAUCACGACCUACUUGGCUCAAGUUCGUAAGAGAUCGUUUCUCAAACAAGACUACAGACUGGGAGAUGUCAAACCACGUGAUUCAUUCAGAGGAUCUCACCACCAUCACAUCUUCCCUGGAUGUUGAGAGGAACACAGUCUCCGACUUGUCAGAAGAUGUGAUAGAGGCGUGGCCGCUGUUCCAAAGGCUCUCUCAGCGGGUUGAAGUGUCCGAACACCACCUGCGUUGA